AUGGCAUCUUCAAGUUUUUCUCUUCUCUUCCCAUUCUUUGUUUUCUUCCUUCUCUGCAUCACUCACCCUGUCAUUUCUGACGGUGAUCAGGAGGAUGCUGUUCUUCAAGGCAUUAACGACUAUAGGAAAUCCUUGAAUUUGACUGCCCUCACAAAAAAUGAUAAUGCACAUUGCCUUGCUGAGGAACUAGCUGACCAAUUUAAGGAUCAACCCUGUACAAAUGCGACGGGCUCCAACACAGUACCAGGCACUGAGCCGCAGUUCCCCAAUUACCCAAGCCUUCUAGCCAAAUGCAAUUUGAAUGCCUCCAACACAAGGGAUGGAGCUGUGAUGCCUGCUUGUGUUCCCCACCUGGAUCCAAGUCUUGUGCUCACUAACUUCACAAGGACUCAAUACUCAGAAAACCUUAAUGAUACCAAGUAUACAGGAGCUGGGAUCGGUUCUGAUGAUAACUGGAUUGUUGUUGUUCUGACCACAAGCACACCUGAAGGAAGCUUUGUGACUUACAAGGCAGGCAGUUUGAAUGACAAUGCAGCCAAUUCGAGCGACAAGAAUAUCGGUCUGAUCUACUUGCUGCUUUUGCUGAUCGGUUCUCUCUUCUUGCUGUAA